AUGGUUGAAACAGAACCAAAUUCGAUGAUAAAAGUCAUGCAGGAUGAACUAUUGCCAUUAGUUAUUUCCUACAUCCGCCAGAAAACAUAUCCUUUUCUAAUUGAAGAUUUUUCUAAACUUGCUUCAUAUUCAUCUUUGACGUGUGGAGAAAUCGAAUCUAUUUGAUUAAAAAUAUCUGACUCACAGCUUCCUACAGAAAUCAUAGAAAAACUCAGCACAUUGUGCAGCUGUGCCUUUUUGAUGAAAGCUUCUUAUGACUCAGAUUUUACCUCUAAAAUUGCUAAAAAGUGCUUCGCAACUCUUCAGACUCUAAAGAAACAAAAUUUUAAAAUCGAAGAAGUUUCUGAAGACAUUUCAAAUCAAUUUAUUACCUGCAUUCUAAGUUCACAAAGCUUUCAAGAGCUCUCUGAGUGAAUAAUAUAAUAAAAUCUAUUGAAUGCAACGAAUAAAUGGAGAUUUCUAUUUUAAUGAUAAUUAAAGCUAAAGAAUAUAUUUAUAAAUCAAUACUCAAUGAAUUUCUCUGAUUGCAGACUUGCUAAAUCUGCUUUGGAAUUCAAGUUUAAAGCUCUAUCAUGAACUCAGCUCUCAACUACAGAUUUCAGUUCUCUUAUAGCUCUUCUCUCAGAAAUUAAUAAAGCCUCACCCGAGCACUGAGAUUUCCAAGACCUUGCCCAUAUUCUCACUAUCCUCGCUCUUAAUCUAAUUGAAAACAAUUUAAGCAGCACUGACCAAUUUAUAAACUCUCAAAUAUCCAAAUGCCUGAGAUAUCUCCAAAGUUUUGACUACCUAGAUGAGCCUUUAAAAGCAGAAAUCAAUGAAUUUAUCCAAAUUAAAGGCACUGGAAGCUCUACAUCAACUGCUAUUAAUUUAACAGAAAAUGGCGAAAAUGAAAGCCAAGGCAAGUUUUCUGAUGAAGAAAUCAAAACAUUUGGGAUUAUUGAUAAGUGAGGAGAAAAGCUAGUCAUACAAGAAACUGACUGGAUAUACUUUUUACGGAAAGGAGACAACAACUCAAUAGCUGUUUUGAAAGCCAACUUGAGACUUGAUAAUGGGGAAUCCAAAAUCGUUGCAGUAAAAUAUUAUAAAUCGACUGAAAGAAAAUGGCUGCUUAAUUAUCACACAGAAAUUGAAAUAUUAAAGAAACUCAGCGACACAAGGCAUAAGGCUUUUCUGCAGCUUUAUGGGUCAUUUAUGGAUACAGUAGUAGAAAAUGAAAGAGAAUAUCACAGACUGAAUAUAAUCAUGGACUAUUGCCAAAAAACUCUUAUGAAUGACAUUGAUAUGAGAAAAAAAGAAGGUAGGAAUUAUACUCAAAUUGAACUAUGGGACGCCAUCAAGCAGCUAAUUGAAGGCUUUGCAGUGCUAUCAAAUAUGAAGAUCUACCACCAAGACAUCAAGCCACACAACAUUUUAAUCUCAGACGAUGUCUAUAAAAUCUCUGAUUUCAAUGUAAGCAAGACUACUAAUGGGAUAACGACAAUAACAAAAGAGGCAACGAUACAAGGAACGUCUGGAUAUUUCUCUCCUGAGCUCCAAAAAGCAUUUAAUGACUAUAAAUCGAAAAAUGGGCCAAGCAGAGUUAAAUUCAACCCUGGAAAGUCUGAUGUUUUCUCUUUAGGCUUAUCUAGUUAGUAAGUAGUUCAUAAUAACUUCAUCUUCUUUUUUCUAACACUAUUAGAACUUCUAGUCACCUUCAGCUUCAAAGAACAUUCUUAAUCCACCAUCCAGUGCCAGAGGAUAACGCCUCAAUCGAUAAAACUCUCAGAAGAACCUAAUUUAUACUUCAUGAGCCAAAAUGAGGGAACUAACCUUACCAGAAAACCUCCAUUUUAAUUGUGUCUUUAGGCUUAACAAUUUUGCAAAUGGCAAGCUUAAAAAGUGUGAUCGACCUGAAUUUGCCUGAAAACCAAAGUGACUUGAUCAAUAAAAUAGAAAAUCUACCUUAUGAUGGCAAAGUAAAGGAUAUUCUAAGAAGAAUGAUGAUUUUGGACUACCACCAAAGGCCUAGCUUUAUACAGUUGGUAUCUUUGGUGACUGAUUAGAUUAUUAGAUAAGAUUAAAUUGUAGUAGAAGAUUAUUUCAGCCUCUACCAGUCCUUAGCGCACCAGCUAUCGCACAUACGCCCUUUAUUUUUUGACGUCAUCAGUCUCUCGGGGAGACGACGCGGCUAUGCUUAUGUCUUGCCUCAGCGACCAAGUACUAUUAAACCCCUGGAAGCGCUUAGGAUCAGAGUUUACCGUCCUAAACCUCCUUCUGAGACUACCACACUAUAUGUAUGCAAAUAUUCCUUCCCCAGAAGUAUGAGCUUACACUGUGACUUCGGUUUCUCGUCAAUGGGCUGAGAAAAACGUAUUUCAUAGGGUCUUAGCCAGACAAAAACCCACCCCUGACUUCCUAAAAUGAUGGGAUCCACUUAUUAUGGGGCUGGGAUCUCUUCACCGCUACCCUGGACCUAUACUUCACUCUCCAUCUUUUUAAAGGUUCUGGUAACUGAAGAAAAUACAGUCCGCUGCGAAUAA